AAACCACCAACUUGAAGAAGUUGCUCGUCGCCGCUCCUGUCGUAGCCGCCGUCUUCGCCAUCGUCUACGCACUCUUCCUCAACGCCCAGAUAUCGCCCGAGCAACGUUCACGACAACGCAGGGCAGCAUCUCACGACAUAAAGCAUCCUUUUCCAGUUAAAUCAACGCCUGAACCCAAAGUUGAAACACACAAAAUGGCACUAGCUCCUCUCAAGUUCCUUACCGUCUCCCCGCUCUCUAAGCACACUGCCACAGUCAUAUUUAUUCAUGGCCUCGGUGACUCUGGUCAUGGCUGGAAACCCGUCGCAGAUAUGUUCAGGCCCGAACUGAGUCACGUCAAAUGGGUUUUACCACACAGCCCAGAACGUGCCGUCACCGCGAACAUGGGCAUUGAAAUGCCCUCCUGGUUUGACGUCUACUCGUUUGGAUUCAAUACCACUGAAGACGCUGCCGGCAUGCUCGUCUCCCUCCGCGCCCUCGACGCGCUCAUCAAGGCAGAGGUUGACGCAGGCAUACCCCCCUCGCGCAUUGUCGUAGGAGGAUUCAGCCAAGGCGGCGCAAUGUCGCUUCUCACGGGCCUCACGGGCCGGGGGGCGCGGGAGGCAUGGGGAGGAGAGGGCUGGAAGUUGGCAGGCGUUGCUGUCAUGAGCGGGUGGUUGCCGUUGAAAGAUCAGUUCAAGAGGUUCGCCUCCCCUUACAUAUCUUCCACUCCUCUUUUCUGGGGUCAUGGCACCCUCGAUCCGCUCGUGAAGUACCAACUGGGGCGUGACUCUGCCGAGUUCCUCACUGGGCAGCUGGGCAUUUCGAUAGCGGAGCAAGGCAAGGGCGUGAAUGCAGGGCUGGACUUCCGGUCGUAUGAGGGGAUGGGACACUCUACGUGUGCCAAGGAGUUGGACGAUCUGAAGGAGUUCAUCAGGAAAACGGUACCUCAAGAAUGAUGAGCGCCUAAGGGUGGCAGAAACUUUUUGGUUAAUUGUGAUAUUGUAACUAGAUGUUGGGACUGUGCUGGUUUUGCUUUAUUGUCGUGUUCAUCUGUUGUACAUGAAAGUGGAUUGAUACCGUACGCGAUACUAUGUAGACAUUUAUGCUUUUUCAGAAGAAAUACAACUCGCUGUUCCCAUAUCACUC